CACUGAACUGAAAAAGCUGUACUGCCAGAUCGCCAAGACGUGUCCCAUCCAGAUCAAAGUGAUGACCCCACCACCUCAGGGAGCUGUCAUCAGGGCUAUGCCAGUCUACAAGAAAGCUGAACAUGUCACCGAAGUGGUCAAACGCUGCCCAAACCACGAGCUGAGCCGGGAGUUCAACGAAGGGCAGAUUGCGCCUCCCAGCCACCUGAUCAGGGUGGAAGGGAACAGCCAUGCCCAGUAUGUAGAAGACCCCAUCACCGGGAGGCAGAGCGUGCUGGUCCCCUAUGAGCCGCCCCAGGUUGGUACAGAGUUCACAACAGUCUUGUACAACUUCAUGUGUAACAGUAGCUGCGUGGGAGGGAUGAACCGGCGCCCGAUCCUCAUCAUUGUGACACUGGAAACCAGAGAUGGGCAGGUUUUGGGCCGCCGAUGUUUCGAAGCCCGCAUUUGUGCUUGCCCAGGCAGAGAUCGCAAAGCAGACGAGGACAGCAUCCGCAAGCAGCAAGUCUCCGACAGCACAAAGAAUGGUGAUGGUACGAAGCGCCCUUUUCGACAAGGAACUCAUGGCAUACAGAUGACAUCUAUCAAAAAGAGACGUUCCCCAGAUGAUGAGCUCUUAUACUUGCCAGUGAGAGGACGUGAGACCUAUGAAAUGCUACUAAAGAUCAAAGAAUCCCUGGAACUUAUGCAGUACCUUCCGCAGCACACGAUUGAGACCUACCGACAGCAGCAGCAGCAGCAGCACCAGCACUUGCUCCAGAAGCAGACCUCCAUGCAGUCACAGUCAUCCUAUGGCUCCAACUCUCCACCACUGAGCAAAAUGAACAGCAUGAACAAGCUGCCCUCGGUCAGCCAGCUAAUUAACCCCCAGCAGCGCAAUGCCCUGACCCCAACCACCAUCCCUGACGGCAUGGGAACCAACAUUCCCAUGAUGGGCACCCACAUGGCCAUGACCGGUGACAUGAAUGGCCUCAGCCCCACGCAGGCGCUGCCUCCUCCCCUCUCCAUGCCUUCAACGUCCCACUGCACCCCCCCUCCUCCGUACCCCACAGACUGCAGCAUCGUCAGCUUCUUAGCGAGGUUGGGCUGCUCAUCCUGUGUGGAUUAUUUCACGACCCAGGGGCUGACCACCAUCUAUCAGAUUGAGCAUUACUCCAUGGAUGAUCUGGUGAGCCUCAAGAUCCCGGAGCAGUUCCGCCAUGCCAUCUGGAAGGGCAUCCUGGACCACCGGCAGCUCCAUGACUUCUCCUCAUCCCCCAGCGGCGCCUCCACGGUCAGCGUGGGCUCCAGCGAGACGCGGGGGGAGCGGGUCAUCGACGCGGUCCGCUUCACGCUCCGGCAGACCAUUUCCUUCCCUCCCCGCGACGAGUGGAAUGACUUCAACUUUGACAUGGAUGCCAGGCGCAACAAACAGCAACGCAUCAAGGAGGAAGGGGAGUGAGCACCGCGGACCCUGCACCACCCCGCCUCGGCCACAAACUGCUCAGCCCUUGUCUUCCUUCUGCUUGGUACUGCACCCCUCGAUGAAGGGCGGAGGGAACCUUCUUGCUCACUCAUGCUGGGUUAUGCCCUUGAUGCUGUCUAGGUCAUGCUCCUGGAC